UUUGCUUUUGCCUUGCAUGAAGAGCCACCGGCUACGCCCCAGGUGCUGCGGCCUACCACCCAUGUGCCGCGGCCUACCACGCAGGUGCCUCCGCCAACCCCGCAGGUGCCUCAGCCAACCCCGCAAGUGCCGCAGCCAACCCCGCAGGUGCCGCAGCCAACCCCGCAGGUGCCGCAGCCUACCCCGCAGGUGCCGCAGUCUACCCCCCAGGUGCCGCAGCCUACCCCUCGAGAGCCACGGGCACCCCGUAGACAGCCCAGGCAGCAGGAACUUGAUGGUGCUGUGAUGACAGCUACUGCCGCAUACGUUCGCCAGAGCCAGUUGGAGGAAGCCAGAGUUCAAGAGGACACCCGCUUCCGCCAAACCGGCAGCACCACGAGGCCCACCUGCAGAGCCUGCGGCAGCACCACGAGGCCCACAUGGAGAGCCUGCGGCACCUCGGGGAGGAGGUGGCGGGAAUGCGGGAAGUGCAGUCGCAGCGCCUCGAAGUGCAGCGGCAACGCCUCGAAGUGGCGCGUCGGUCGCGCGAGACCAACGAGCGCCUGCUUCAGCUGCUGCUGGCUGCACUGCGGCAUGGUGGCAGCCAAGCCCCUCCCCCCUCUCAGGCCCCACAUAAUUAAAGGAUGCAAAGGUAGCAUAGGCAAGGAAUUUGUAACUUAUCUUAAAAUUUGCUGAUGUAUUAAUGAUAUGAAGGGCAAGUAUUGCUAGUUUGCAAAUAAAUAAUUGCUGAACUCACCCUUUAAUGCAACCAUAAGUAGCAUAGCCGUUGCAGCAUGAUUUUUUUCUUCAAGGUUUACUUCAGCCAUAAGAGCGUGCACACCAUCAGGCUCGCCUGCAAAAGUGCCUGUAGGCCUGGUGUGUGCGGGCAUUCCGACUGCGGCGCUGCAAUUUUGAGGUGCCUAGUUAUUGUCAUGUCAAUUUAAGCACGACGCCACACUGCAAGUGUUCUACAAUUUAAUCCUUCUCAUCGAAUGGUGAAAUUUUCAGGCCUUACUAUAAUGUCGAAAGCAACCUGUCACUAUACACAGCAAAAAAGAAAAAAAGUUAUGAAAAUUCCUUGCCUAUGCUCCUUCUUUUCAUUUGUAAUGUUUAUUUUUUGUUUGUUGCAUAUUUGUUUGUGUCACUACCUGCUGAGCUGGAAUGUCUCUUUUCUUGCACAUCUUUCUCAUUAUUAAACAUUUUGUUGUCAUUCAGUAAUCUUUCAGGUUGUGCUACAUUGUAAUUUAGCCCUUGUGGUGCAAUUUGUGUGUAAUAUUUAUGCAGUUUGUCUUAAUGAAUAUCAUAUGGUGCUAUGGCUCUUUCAGUUUCAGAGCGCCACAACAGCAUGUUCCUUUCACAUAUAGUGAUGUACCUAUACAUUUCGCUGUGAUAAAUAUUCGGUUGGCGUGUGAUUUAAGCACCUGCUCAUUUGUUUCUGGUGCAGUUUAAGCCAGUUGUUAUUACUGUGUACUUGUGCCGUGUACAACAGUUUUCUUAAGCGAUGCAUGCCGUUACCUGUGAUAUAUUAUGAUGCAAGAAAAAUGUGAUCCAAUAUUUAUGCCAACGUGUCUGUGAUAUGUUGCAUAAUGUCUCUACUACUGAGUACUCAUGAUUCUCACAUUUCUUCAAUGUAGAGACUGUCGCAUGUGAUGUGUGCAUAAACAAGUGUAUGUUGAAGGCUGAAAUACAGAAAGGUGCAGUUUUCCUCUUGUGCUUUUAUUUACACAUCGCAACCACAUUUCUAGUGCUAGCUUGCACUGUACAAAUAUUACUGUUUAACAUUGCUGAGUUCUGCUAUAUACAAGUGAGGUCACUUUGUUGAAAUCAAUCAACUGCUCGUGCGUGCACACACUUCGCGGGAGCCACAGCGCUUGACAUGUCGGAUGACCAGUUGGACGGCAUUUUCGUCACUCGAAAGGAACUUUGCCGUUGUUGCGAGACAAAAUGGUGGAGGACCUAGAAGCUGCGCGUGCAACAGCACGUUCCAUGGAGCGGAAGGUGUGACGUGCACUGUACAUCUUGGCUUCUGUGAGCUUCUCUGUGCUAGUAGAAAGUGAAGAGACAGGCGCUUAUGUCCAUCAAUGCGUAAGGUGAUACGAGUAAGAAUCAGGCUACAUGCAUCUAGAUGACGACAGCAGCAAC